GGUCGGAACACGCUUCCAAAAUUUUGCCGCUACAAAUCUUUUCGCGCGCGACAGUGUAGAACGUUGCUUCAAUUUCCGAUAUCGGGAGGAUUUCCGAUCAAAUCUCUCGCUAUAAUCCGUCAUUCUUCGUUAUAAUCUGUACGUUGCAUCGGAUUGUCCGCUGGAUCAGCUACUUUUUUUCAUUGUAGAUUGCCAAUGAAAUUUAUAUUUCUGCUGCCGAGUAUUUCAGAAUGAAAUUUACAAUUGCCGGUGGAGUUUGAGUUUGAGUUUGAGUUCUACACUGUAUUUGAUAAAGGGAAUAUGUAUAAAUUGUGAAACAUAGCCUUUCAUGCUGCAACUAGAUCAUACCUUAUCUACAGAAAAGUAGGAUUGUAGGAGUGAAAUCUCGGUAAAACCUACUAUGCUUCAGCGAAGCGGAAAAAGAGCUCAGUCUUUGUUGGUUCCAAUGCGACAGUCUAGCAUUCUGGAUCACUUUUCUCUAACCAAUAGGGGUAAACGAAGUAAGACUGAAGCUGAACCAGUUCUACCAAUUUCCGAACCAGAAGUGUCCCAUUAUCCCGUGGAAGAUACUCAGGAACAUCGAAUUUGUGACCUUCAAGCUGAAUCAGAUUCUUAUCUGGUUGAUUGGUCACAAGAACCAGAUACCCUGUUGGAUUGGGAGAAGAAGUUGAAUAGGCUCCUGAAAAAGCAUUUUGGCUAUCCGUCCUUGAAAAAGUUCCAAAAGGAAGCUCUGGAAGCAUGGUUAAACAACCAAGAUUGUCUAGUUCUUGCUGCAACAGGAUCUGGGAAAUCUAUCUGUUUUCAGCUCCCAGCCUUAUUAACAGGCAAGGUGGUGGUUGUUAUUUCGCCAUUGAUAAGCUUGAUGCACGAUCAAUGCUUAAAACUUGCAAAGCAUGGGGUUUCUGCCUGCUUUCUUGGGUCUGGGCAACCUGACAGUUCUGUGGAAAAGAAAGCAAUGGGAGGGGCAUAUAGCAUUAUCUAUGUUUGCCCAGAGACACUUUUAAGAUUGAUUCAACCACUUCAAAAGCUAGCUGAAACUCGUGGAAUUGCAUUGUUUGCAAUUGAUGAAGUACACUGUGUUUCUAAAUGGGGCCAUGACUUCCGGCCAGACUACAGGCGUUUGUCUAUUCUGCGAGAGAAUUUCAGCUCUUCAACCCUAAAAUUUUUGAGAUUUGACGUGCCUUUGAUGGCAUUGACUGCAACUGCCACAGUUCAAGUUCGAGAAGACAUUUUAAAGUCAUUAUGUAUGUCAAAGGAAACAAAGAUCAUUCUAACUUCAUUUUUCAGGCCAAAUCUUCGCUUCUCCGUAAAACAUAGUAAAACAACUUCACCAUCCUCUUAUAGGAAGGACUUCAGCGAUCUUAUAGACAUGUAUGCUGGAAAUAGAAGAUCUGGCAACAAGAAACAAACUAUAAUCUCUCACAAAUUAGACAGUGUAUUACAUUGCUCAACUGACAAUAGCGUACGUGAGGCAUACAGAAAGUCUUCAGAUGAUGUGGAGGAAAGUGAUGAUUCUGACUCAGAUAGAGAUGAUAUAGAUUCUGAAGAAGAAUGUUUGCCAACCUCCUCAUCAGGAAGGACAAUGUCUGUUGAAUACUUGGAAAACGAGGUUGAUGUCUUUCAGAGUGUAGAUGAUUGGGAUGUUGCAUGUGGUGAGUUCUGUGGACAAUUGCUUUCUGAGGACAGGGAUGUCGAUGCAUCGUUGGAGGAGAUUGAUGUGCUGGGUAAAGCAGAAGAAAGACUAAAACUUUGUGGAGAGACUCUAGAACAAGGGCCAACUAUUGUAUAUGUUCCUACUAGAAAAGAAACUUUGAGUGUCUCAAAGUUUCUUUGUCAAUCUGGUGUCAAGGCGGCUGCAUACAAUGCAUCGCUUCCAAAAUCCCAUUUAAGGACGGUUCACAAGGAUUUUCACGAUAACAAUGUUGAGGUUGUAGUUGCAACAAUAGCAUUUGGAAUGGGCAUUGACAAGUCAAAUGUACGGAGAAUUAUUCACUAUGGUUGGCCUCAGAGUUUGGAAGCUUAUUAUCAAGAAGCUGGUCGUGCUGGAAGGGAUGGGAAAUUGGCAGAUUGUAUUCUAUUUGCAAACCUGACAAGAAUACCAUCCCUUUUGCCAAAUCGAAGAAGUGAAGAACAAACUAAUCAAGCAUAUAGAAUGCUGUCUGAUUGCUUCAGGUAUGGGAUGAACACUACAAACUGUCGGGCACAGAAACUGGUGGAAUACUUUGGCGAGACUUUUGAUCACAAGAAGUGUCUCAUGUGUGAUGUUUGUGUGAAGGGACCUCCAAAUAUGCAGAAUUUGAAGGAGGAAGCAAAUAUAUUAAUGCAGGUCAUUGCUGCUCAUCAUCAAUAUUUAGUUGAAGGAUUGUACGAUGAUUUCACAUACGGUAAUGUCAAACAGAGAUUCAGGGAGAAGCCAAAUUUGAGGUUGUUUGUCAGUAAAGUAAGAGAGCAGUCUAUGAAAUUCGCGGCAACUUAUAUGCUCUGGUGGCGAGGUCUUACAAGAAUUUUGGAAGCUGAAGGUUACUUGAAAGAAGGAGAUAACAGGAACCAUGUUCAGAUAAAAUUCCCUGAGCCAACCAAGCUGGGAUUGGAGUUUCUAUCCAGAAAUGACCAAAUAUUCAAUGUUUACCCUGAAGCAGACAUGCUCCUCUCAAUGGCCAAACCCAAAUCCUACUCAUCCUUCUCAGAAUGGGGCAGAGGCUGGGCAGAUCCUGCCAUACGACGAGAACGUCUAAAACGUCGGAGACACUUCGUCGACGAGUCACGAGGGUCACGGCCACGAAAGGGCAGAAAAAGGAAAUCAAGAAAACAUAACUCUGAGACGAGAACCGUUCGAGGUAGAUUAACUGCUAAACUCUCAGUCAAGAAGUGAUAAAUCAAUGUUGCUGAGUAAUUUAUGUUAAUGUUAAUCAACUUGUAAGUU